AUGAAAAGUAAGUUGUUUUAUGCGUGGAAAAUUUUUGUUCCUCAUUGCAGACGUCGUUGUCCGAACCACCCAUCAAAACGCGAAUCGUGUCUUUCCCAUCCACACACUCUCCGAUCGGCCAUUCGGAGAGCUGAGCUUCGAGAAAAACGGCGAAAAAGUCGGAUGUUUCGAGCAUUCCCAAAGUCGACGAUACGGUGUAACCGUGAAUCCCAGAAUUCCAUGCGCUGUUCAGUUUGAUCAGCGAAGCAAACGAGAAAUUUAUGAUCCCUUGGAGGUGCUGGAAAUUUUGGAAGGCUAA